AUGGAUGAUGAGGGGAAAAGCUAUGUUUCUGCAGAAGUAUCUGAUACGUUGGAAUCAGUUUCUUUUCUGAAUGUAGUGGGUAAACCCUCACCUAUGGAGUCAACAGUAUUGGCUAAUACAGAGGAACAGGAGGCAUAUCAACCUUUGAAAGUCUUCUUGAGAGUGAGGCCCUUUUCUGUAACAGAUCUUGAAAACCGUGAAUCUCAGAGUUGUGUAACUAUUGAAGAUCCCCAGACAGUAAUUCUUAAUGCACCCAAAGAAUCUUCUACAAUGAAAAACAGUGAAAGAGGGAUUGGUCAUUCUGCGCACAGGUUCACAUUUUCUCAGGUCUUUGGACCAGAAACUACUCAGAGUGAAUUUUUUGAAGGCUCAAUGAAAGACAUAGUAAGAGCAUACAUUAAUGGAGUGAAUGGACUGGUGUUUACUUACGGGGUUACAAAUGCAGGCAAGACAUUCACUAUCCAAGGGACUUCAAAAGAUUUUGGUAUUUUACCUCGCUCACUUGAUGUGAUUUUUAACCACAUAAGGGGAAGACAUUACCUGAAGAUGAACUUCAAACCAUAUUUGAGCAAUGAUAUUAAGAAACUAGAAGAUGCACAAGUUAAGCAAGAAGAAGCCAUAAAAACUGCUAUUCUUGCAUCACUGAAAGAGAUUUAUCUAAAUUUACAGUAUGGAUACUUGGUGAACCUUGGAAUAAUAAGGCAACUGGCUGUUUUUGGAGCUCAGGGUAAACUGGAAGAACUUUCUGCAUCAGGCAGCACACAGUUCAAACCAAAAACCAUUGCAAAGCCUGUAAUCCAGACAAUCCUACCCAAAAGUUUUGGUUAUUUUCCACCCAAGCUAGUUGGAGGUGAUGGCAAACCUAUCGUGUGCUUUGAUGCUAACACAUCUGUAGAUGACUUUUCUGACAGUACUGAAACCUCCAUGGAAGAGGAAGUGGACAUCACCAUUCUGAGUCAUGAGGAUCUCUUGAAAACUGCUGAGAACUUAAAGGAGAAACUUGUUGCAGAAAGGCAAAGUAAACUGCUCCUGGAGGCGAAGAUACGUAAAGAGAUGGCAGAAGCAAUGUUCCGACAGCUGUUGGAAACAGAGGAAGCCUGGAGCAACCGCUUGGAAGAUAUGAAAGACAGUUACGAAGAAAAACUGGAGAGCAAAUUUGACAUGUAUAAAGAGGCCCUCAAGAAACAUGCAUAUGUGUGUGCAAUGGAACAGAUUGAAGACCAUUAUGUUCCCAUAGAAGAAUUUCUAGCUGAACAACAGAAAGUUGAGGAUAGGGAGAGUAAAAUACUGCAAUUGGAAAGGCAACUUGAUGAACAGUCAAGGAGGCUGUUGGCUCUGGGAAGUCCAAAUUCAGAUAUACUGACUACUGACAAUAACAUGGAACUAGAUCUUAUGAACAAGACGAUGAAGAGAGCCAAUGAAGGACUGCAGAAACAAUGCAAGGAGAAAGAAGAGCUUAUAAAAUCUCUGAAGUUUAAAAUACAGAAAUUAAAUGAGACCCUGCUAGAAGCUAAUGAAGGCUACAGAAAAAUGGCAGAAGAGAACAGUCAACUGAAGCAUACAAUUGUGCUCAAGGAACAAGAAAUGAAUAGUCUUCAGAACUGGGCUAAACGUGUUCUUGAGCUUGAAGAAACAGUCUCUUCCCUGCAAAAAGAACUUGACGAAAAGAAAAAGCAUUUCUCUAUAGAGGAGGCAAAACAGCCAAAACCUAAGAGAGGUUUGUUGUCUAACCUGAAAUCCACAGUAGCAGCUACUGCUAGUACACCUCUUGGUAAAGGCUGGGGGAAGUAUGAAGAUGCUUCAUCCUCUUCAAGAAAACAAGUACUGUUUGCUCAUAAAGCAAAAGAAUAA